GGACAGUAAUAAACUCCGGGCACGAUUUGGGGUCGUGUCGACAUGAGGGGUGACGUGUGGCGAUGGUGGUGCGAGGGGGAAGUCGGCACGUGUGGAGAGGGAGCUCCGAGGCGAUGGUUUUGGGAGGGGUUCGAAUCUGCGCAGACAUGACAUGUGGCAGGCCCAGGGUGGGGGAUCCGACAACUGACGUUAUAUUUAUAGAAAUCUUGAAACAUGGUGACCUGACCACCUUGACCUCCAAGUCGGUACGGAAGAUGCUGGAAAACAAGUUUGAAGUGGAACUCACGGAAAGAAAGAAGGAGAUAGACAACAUGCUGAUGGCCAUGAUUGAGGCUAAACAAGAGGAGGAAAAUCAAAAUGGACAACACAGUAACUCAGACUCAUCAGAUGACUCAUUUGCUCCAGAGCCACCAAAGAAGAAAGCAAAGACAUCAGCUAAAUCGUCGAGUAAGAAAAAAACAUCCAGCAAAAAGCCAGUUGCAAAAACAAAGGCAAGCAAAUCCUCAAGGAAAACAGUAGACGAUUCGUCAGACGAAAAUUCGGAUGGUGUUGACGACGAGAAGUUGGCGAGGAAACUCCACGCUGAGGAGAACAGAACGUCGAUGCGAGCUGUGAAGAAGAUACCAGCCAAGAGGAAGAGGAAGAAGAAGAAAGAUUCAGAUGAUGACAGUGAUGAUGAUUUUGAAGAGAAACCAAAGAGAAAAAAUUCCAUGUACUCAAGAGACAUGGUUCUGUCUCCUGACCUGGCUGCUGUGGUUGGAGGGGAAAAGAUGCCCAGGAGUGAAGUAGUGAAGAGGAUGUGGGCUGUGAUCAAGGAAAGAAAACUGCAGGACCCCAGCGACAAACAGUACAUCAUCUGUGAUGAGCAACUUCUGAAAGUCUUUGGUGAACGUCGACUGAAGCCAUUUGGAAUGAUGAAGUACCUUAAGAAUCACAUCAUGGACCCGAAAGCUAUGUAAAGGCUACUUUGCACCCCCUUGGUUUAGUACGGAGGUCUGGCCUGCCAUGCCAUUAUCUAUUGAGAUUUUUAUAUGUUAAGUUGCACUGACAUUCAAUAUGACAGACACAGAAAAAUGUGCCUGAUGUACACGUUGUGCCGAGGGGUGCACUUUGACCGAUGGAAAUGACAGGCAAUAUUGCAGUAUUUUUGUACAGAGAGAAACGAGCUAUCAGUAUGAGCAAUGCCUGACAAAUAGGUAGACUAUAGUGCUAUUGGACUGUGCAAUGUUAGGAAGUACACAGUGGAAAUAUGCCAGCCUUGUUAAAAAGACAUUUUCUAGUCUGAUUUUUUCCAAGGACAGCUGACUUGAGUGUUAGACUAGGGAGCUAAAUGGGCAACCUGAAGACUCUAGUUAGUUUAACCCCUUCCUUAGGAAGGUAGCCUGUUGUCACAUACCUGAGCUUUGUUUUUGAAACAGAGUUAGGCAGCAGGAGGAAGGUUAGCCCACAGUGAUGUUGCCCCAGACUUGGGGACAGCUGGCUCAUGUUGGCCUGUUCUGGCCAUCACAUUGGCUGCUUGGUGCACAUAUAACAUAUGUUAUUGGGCUAUUUGGCUGCUAUUGAUAAAUUAUUGUAUAAGAUUGAGAAACCUGUAUUUUGUCAGUGUCCCACUAGGAUCGGAAUGAUGGCUGCUACGAUGACUUUUGUUACACUUUGUGUUUUGGUAUUUGAACAGCCAUAUUGACUAGACUGGUAGAAUUGGUGCUUAAACCUCCCUGUGUUUGAGAGUUGCUGUUAAGAGUUGCAAUGCAGAGGGGAUGGAAACUAAAUGUGGAAUAUUGCUGAUCAUACACUGUAAGACAUUCAUUAGAUGCUUUAAAUGUUUUUUUUCCAAAGCAUUGCAAAGAGAUUCUUGAUAAUCAGAUGUUAGAUGAAGAAAGGGUCUUCCCAGAUUAGAUUGACUGUAUAUUUGCUAUUUCAAUCGUUAGUUAUGUCAGCUAUUUUAGCUGUAUGAUUUGUUGCAGUUUUUGCAUUCAUUGAGUUGGAUGGAAGAUGAUGGUCUAGUUGAUGGUAUCAUAGAGGUUGGCAUAUAAUGGUACCUUGCACAUAAAUGAGCCUUAGAUAGAUAUAAUAGUCAUUCAUUAUACCAUAGUUACAAAGUUUACAUUUAUUCAGAAAUACACAAGUUACAUUGCAAGUUAUAUUGUUACUGGCAUAUCUAUCUAUAUCUAUAUAUAUAUUGAAGCAAUUACUCCUAGUUUAUAUUUGUUAUGUUAAGUUGUUUUCUCAAUAUAGCAAAGUAGCAUCAAUGAACAGUUGGUAAUAUACGAAAUUGUCUAGUAUACUUCCAUCUUAUCAUGAAAGUAAAAUGAAGGUUGUCUAAAAACUGACAGAAAGGAUGCAUGUAUCCUUGUGUGCAAUGUUGAGAUGUGUUUGUACUACAUUUAUUCCAUAUAUUUUCGUUUUUGAAAUUUUACUGAGAAGAGAAGUAAUGAAGUAACUUGGCAUUACCAAUAUUAGUUUAAUAUUUUCCUUCCAGUAGUUAAUUUAUAUGUACACUGCAAUAUUUUGUUAACAGUAGACAAAAGAAUUAUUGUUUAUCAGGAGCAAAUCAUGACAUGAUAUAAGCAGCUGGUGUAGCUGAAAAUUAGUGAAGAUGUAGGCAGAAAAUUGUACUGCUGUGCACUUUGCAGUAAACAUAUCCACUAACAUUGAUUAGAUAGGUAGGACACUUUCGUUUUGUAACUUUUCAGUUACGUUUCUCAAAAGCUUCACAUGUAUAACCAAGUGUUACACAAACUAUCACGAAAGCCUUCCAAGUUUAGUACUAGUUUUAGGAGCUUUAUAUAUUAUAGUGACAGACAUUUGCAAAUAAAAGUGAGGCUACA